CAGCCAUAUUGGUUUUCGUUCACAAUAUUUGAGGCGAUGCAAGUUAUUUCAUCGAAUAUGAAGUCCCUUUUGAUGACUGCAGCCAGUAUUCUACUGACGGGUUUAGUGGUUGGCAAUGCGUAUUACCAGAAGCGUCAAUUUUACCCGUCUGUAGUCUACAUAACCAAGUCAAAUCCGAGUAUGGCGGUGCUGUAUAUACAAGCCUUUGUGUGUGUAGUCCUUGCAGGAAAGCUGAUGAGGAAAAUAUUCUUUGGUCAACUUCGCGCUGCAGAAAUGGAGCAUCUCAUUGAGAGAUCAUGGUAUGCAGUAACAGAGACAUGUCUGGCAUUUACAGUGUUUCGAGACGACUUCAGUCCAAGAUUUGUCGCUAUGUUCACCCUGCUCUUGUUUCUCAAGUGUUUCCAUUGGCUUGGGGAUGACAGAGUAGAUUAUAUGGAGAGAAGUCCUGUAAUCACAAUAACUUUCCAUCUUAGAGUUCUGUCAUUAUUGAGCCUGCUGGGAUGCCUUGAUAUGUAUUUCAUUAAUCUGGCCUACUACAGUACAUUACUGAAAGGGGCCUCUGUUCAGCUGGUCUUUGGAUUUGAGUAUGCUAUCUUACUGACUGUUAUCCUAACUAUACUAGUGAAAUAUGUGCUACACACCAUAGAUCUACAGAGUGAGAAUCCAUGGGAAAACAAGGCUGUAUACCUGCUUUAUACUGAGUUACUGACAGGUUUCAUCAAAGUGAUUCUUUACAUGACCUUCUUCAUUAUAAUGGUGAAAGUACACACAUUCCCGCUGUUUGCUAUAAGACCCAUGUAUUUGACUAUGAGACAAUUCAAGAAGGCACUGAAUGAUGUCAUCAUGUCAAGACGUGCAAUCAGAAAUAUGAACACUCUGUACCCAGAUGCUACACCUGAGGAACUCCAGUCUGGUGACAAUGUGUGUAUUAUAUGCAGAGAGGAGAUGGUCUCGGGUGCUAAGAAGCUGCCAUGUAAUCAUAUCUUCCAUGCAAGUUGUCUACGAUCUUGGUUCCAACGUCAACAGACCUGUCCUACUUGUCGUAUGGAUAUCCUGCGUCCUACUGCUACCAGGCAGAACAACCAGCAAGCUCAGCCUCAACAACCACCCGCUCAACCUCAGCAACCUAAUAUGAAUGGUUUCCCGGCUCCUUUCCCAGGAUUCCCCCAGUGGCCUCCACAGCAUCCAGCGCAACCUCCAGCUGCUGCUGCUCCUCCUGCCUCAACUGGUCCAGCUUCACCAACAUCUUCUACAGCUGCAACUACAUCAACACCAUCAACAACAAGUACAACACCAAGUGCUGCACCAAUAGACCCAAGCUUUGCAUCAUUCAUGCCACCUCCUUCAUUCAUGAUGAAUCCUUAUAUGAAUAUGGGCUCAAUGCCAUUUGGUGUAGCCCCUCCAGCACCACCCCCUAACUUCGCUGGAAUGACAGAUGAUGAGCUACAUGCUAUGGAAGGCCAAGAGAGGAGCAAUUUAGAGGCCAGGAUAGAGUGUCUUCGCAAUAUACAAACAUUGCUAGAUGCUGCUGUCAUACAAAUGAAUCAGUAUUCAAGUAUUGUUAGUAAUCUAAGCUCAACUCCAGCAUCAUUCACUGCUACAACUAGUGCAUCAUCAGCUUCUUCAAGUGCAACUUCUUCCUCUAGAACACCAACUACAACAUCAUCAUCUUCAACAAGUAAACUCUCAACUUCUGCAAGUUCUUCUGGGACAUUAACUAGUACUCCUGACUUAUCACUUCCAAAGCCACUUACUACACCAGAAGAUGAAGAAUUUAAUAGGAAACAUAGAUCUCCAAAAAUAGAUUUACCGCCUGCUGCCAAAGUCGCUAAACAGCAGAGUGAUAGCAAUAGUACCAUAAAAGACAGUAAUAAGCCAGAUACUGACAUUCCAAGCCCUGAAAAGCAAGAGCAAGAUGAGGUCAGGAGACGAAGACUCCAAAGAUUUCAAACGGAAAAUACUCCAAAGGAUAACCUUGAAUUGGAUUGAGAUCCACAAUCAGGAUUAUUUAUUAAAGAUGUGGAAUAUAUGUGUACAUAUGAUAUAAGAGAUAUAUUUUUAUGUUGUUUCAAAAAUGUGCAAGGUCAUCGAACGUGCAGUGGAUUGCUAUGAGAGAAGUUAUUUCAUAUUCAGCGCUGACAUCUUUUUUAUUUUCCUGUUAUCAAUUACAAUGAAAUCCAAUGCAAUCGGUUGUAUUGAGAUGCUGUUAGUUUUGAAAGUUUCUUUGAUGGGAAAAAUGAGCUUAUAAAGUCUCAAACCACUGACCACCUUCCCCUUCUUACUUUAUGUCAGAGGAGAGAAGGGGGGUAACACAUAUUGAUUAAAUGCUUAUCGUUAGCUGACUCAACUACAUUAUUUGUGAUACAUACAUCUGCUAUGACUAUCAGAGGGAGCAUGUGUAGAAUCUUUGUUCUUAUGUCUUUCAAUGUGAUGAUGUGUGAUAACUAUGAAAAUCAAAAGCAUGCUACUUCUUUGCUGGCAAAAUGAAUAUUUAGUGAAGUACCAGUGAAAAUUAACAGACAGAUGUGUAUAAGAACAGCAAAGAGGACAAAU